AUCGCUCGUUUUCGGACGCGAAUCUAUAUUUCGUAAGGAAUCAUCACAUCGACUCGCGGCCGCGAAGCGAUCGGUAAUCGGUGGUCCAAUUUUUUUUUUUUUUUCUUUUUUUAAGAGACCUUCGCCGCCAUAUAUUUUGACUUGAUCGGUGUCUGCCUCGGAUUAUCCGAUUCAAGGUUUAACUUCUUCCAUCGCCAUCGUCACUCAUUGAGCAUCCUCGUAGGAUAAAUUAACGAGCCGCACGCGCCACACAGCCACAGUCAACUCCCGGAUCUCACGGCGUAGGUGUUGCCCGGAUGCGUCCGAAACAUGGAGAACACGUGAUCGUGAUAGAGUGACGGGAAUAGUGCAAGAGAAAGAGUAGAUUUUCGUGCGCGAGGAAGCAAUCCGAAAAACGACUUUGUGCGGCACGCGAGAAGCGAUGCCAAGGGUCGCGAGGACGACAAAAUCAUAUCGAAAUCAUCGUGAGACUUGUGAUUGAGGUCAACUGAGUAUUGAGACUCAGAGCCGCUGGGUGCUGCUUAGGUGCUUUGCCAGUUACGGGCUGUCACGUCGACGACGACGACUAGGUCGAAGAUGAAGAACAACUCGAACCACGAGAAGAACGGGCCGGAGAAUCUGAAGUUGCUACGGGUACCGACAACGCCGUCCACGGGACCGUCGUCGCCCACGACGCCCAAGGGCCUCGAGGAUGUCUUCAGGGACCUGCCCAUCACCGAUGAUACCUCGUGCGGCAUUUGGUGUUUCAGAGGCCGGAUCUUGCAAAAGUUCGCCAACAAGAAAGCGUACGUCUUUCUCUACGGUGUCCUCGGCUGCAUAUUUUCCGCCAGUUACGCUUACUUCAAUGGCACCAUCACCACCAUCGAGAAGAGAUUUAAAAUACCCUCCAAAACAACGGGUCUCAUCACAGUGGGUAACGACAUCUCGCAGCUUUUUGUAUCCAUCGUUCUAUCGUAUUACGCAGGCAGGGGUCACAGGCCUCGAUGGAUCGCUUUCGGUAUUUAUACCGUUGUACUUUUCUGUUGUCUAACGAUGCUACCGCAUUUUCUAUACGGGCCUGGCGAAGAUGCCCUGUCAUUGACCAAAGAAUAUAGGGCGAAACAAGGUACAUUAAAUGCGAGCAUGAUUUUUGACAAACGUCGGAAAUCUCUCUGCAUGGGAAAGGAGAAUCGCGGAAUGGAAUGCAAAGCCGAAGACGGGAACUUUGCGCCGCAGGUGCUCCUCUUCAUAGCCCAGCUGGUAUCCGGAGUGGGUGGCUCCCUUUAUUACACUCUCGGCGUGUCCUACAUGGACGAUAAUAUACAGAAAUCGAAAACGCCGGCGCUGAUCAGUUUCUCGUACUUUCUGAGAAUGUUGGGACCCGCCAUCGGUUAUGGGCUGGCCUCGUUCUCUCUAAAGUUUUACAUCAGUCCGACUUUAACUCCCACUAUCACGAUGCAAGAUCCGAGGUGGCUAGGCGCUUGGUGGCUAGGAUGGAUUAUUUUGGCGAUUCUCCUCUUUAUUUUCGCGAGCAUAAUCGCUCUCUUUCCGAAGACUUUGCCGCGAGCGGCAGCUCGCAAAGUCUUCGCCCUGCAGCGCAACAAGUCGGGCAGCAGCAUUAAGCAGGAUGGCGAACAAGAGUCGGAGUUACCAACGUCAAUCUCGGACAUGCUGAGCACAUUUAAACGGUUGCUGACGAAUACGACGUUGAUGUGCAACAAUUUGGCCACGGUCUUCUACUUUAUGGGCUACAUGCCCUACUGGAUCUUCAUGCCCAAGUACAUCGAGACCCAGUACAAACAGUCGGCGUCCGUUUCGUCGUUAAUCACCGGCACGGUCGGCCUGGUGUUCAGCGCCUUCGGGAUCCUGCUCUCUGGCCUGAUAAUCUCCAAGUACAAGCCGAAAGCUAGAUAUCUGGCGGCGUGGAACGUCAUGAUCGGCAUUAUAUCGAUACUGGGAAUGAUCUCGUACGCCUUUCUCGGUUGCUCGGCGAACGACAACCAGAUCGCCAUUCAGCCGAACGGCGUCCUAAAAACUCACCUACCCUGCAACGAACAGUGCUACUGCGACUACGUCACCUAUAAUCCCGUGUGCUCCGAAUACGGGCAAACGUUUAUAUCCGCGUGUCACGCCGGCUGUCGCAACGUCAAGCUUCACAGUAACGGCAGCAAAGUUUAUACGGACUGCAGUUGCGUGAAACCGAAGUUGGCACGCUCGUUAACGCAUUCGUUUGCCAACGUCACCUUUCCGUUCUCUACUGAGCUUCCAUUGGAUACGACCGAACCAACCGUGGAAACUCUGGGAACGGCAGUUCCUGGUUCGUGUCCGGUCGACUGCAUGCAGAAGUUCUACAUCUUCUUGGCGGUAGUGUGUCUUCUGAAAUUCAGCGGCGCAACUGGAAGAGCGUCGAAUUUUCUAGUUUCCGUAAGAUGCGUCGAGGAGAAGGACAAGGCGGUCGCCAUGGGCUUCGGAUUAACGAUAAUGAGCCUUUUCGCCUUCAUACCGUCGCCUAUUUUGUUUGGAUUUAUAUUGGACAAAACCUGUCUCGUAUGGGGUAAAACGUGUUCAGGGACGGGCAAUUGCUGGCUGUAUAACGGCGAGGCGUUGAGGUACUUGCUAAACUUUACCGCAGCCAGUUUCGUAACAAUCGGCACGUUAUUCGACGUAGGUGUCUGGUAUUUCGUCAAAGGCGUAAAGAUCUUUGACGAGGAAAUCGAACUGGAGGAUAUAGCCGAAGAGCCGGGUGAGACACUUUGAAAAAUGGUUAUUGAUAAUCAAGCUCACCCCUUUCGAGGCGUGCGAAGGAAAGCUUCGAUCGAACGAAGAUCGCGAGGCACGCGAGAAUCGACAAAUAAAGACUCUACAAGUACCUUAAGCACCUCCUUAGAUAUUUAAAGCUCAUAGCAACCUAGAUAGAACCGAUCAUCCAUGAUGUUCGCAAAAGGGAAGCGAUCACCAUUUUAUUUUUUAAAUUCAGCUUAUAUUGCGAUUGAUUUUAUCGUAAACGGCUGUACAACGGAUGUGAAUCUAUUGUUAUAAGUAUGGACUUUUGGUUUGGAUUCAUUUAUAAAUCACUUGAAAUAAUCCGAUAUACAUCACUUACGCUGUUGAUGAAAUUAAUGAUUCAUUAGUUAGUGUGAAUCAUCUAUAAAGUGAAAUAAUUGUACAUAUAACGGUUAUACAUUGGAUUAGUAAAUUAGUGAGAAACACUGUAAUUUAUCUCUACUCACGAUAAAAAAAUACGUAUCUAUCCGCUUCAGGUCACGUGUGUAUGUGCGUUACAUGUGUGUGUUACCUCCGUUUGAAAUAUAAAUUUCUCGGAAUAUGAUUUCAUAAGGAAUUUUAAUCUAUGUGUAAAAUGUUACAAUAAAACAACAAAAAGUUAUUAUUAACAA